ACUUGGGUUCGGUGGACCCGCGAGCCCGAGCCGCUGCCGAGCCCGAGCCGAAGUCUUCCCUCGACCGCGACGGCAGCGCGCUCUCGCUACUGUCACGGUCGUUCGUCGAGGCUCGGGCGACAACAUUGCGUCCCUUGGCGUCGCCAUGGUGCUCGCGGCGGCUGGAGAGACGACGGCCAAGUCCAGCACCAAGUCCAGCACCAAGUCCCGGGCCUCGCGGUCGUCGCGCUCGUCGGCCCGCGCGAGCAAGCGCGGCGGGGGUUGGUACUGCUGCCCCUGCCCGCUGACAUCUCUGCGGAGCGGCGGCGGCAGGGGCGCGACGUGCGGUCGGGGAGGUGUCGGAGGCCCAGAGGACGGAGGGGUAUGGCCCGCGCCGGCCAAGUUCUACUGCUGUCGCGCCGACCUGGUGGCCGCCAUGGCGAGGGAGAGGACCAACAACAACGAGUCCGCCAAGACAAUGGAUGAGGACAGCGACGGCUACGUCGCGGUCGAGCAGGACGUCGAAGACGACACUCUGGACUUCGAGAUCGCGGAGGAGGCCCUGCCCGACUCCACCUUCAGGGAGGUGUUCGACAGGUCCCAUCAGCAGGACACCGACGAGUGCUGGCAGGUUGCUGAACCGGAUUUACCCUAUGUAGAAAACCUUCCUCAUCAGCUGGAUGCUGGCCGAGCUAUUGUUGUUGAGGGUGUGGUUCUGCCUGAUGCCCUUGGGUUUGCCAUCAAUUUAGCAUGUGGAGCCGGAAACACACCCGAUUUAGCCUUUCAUCUAAAUCCUCGACUGGACAGGAAUUUUGUUGCAAGAAACAGCCGUGUAAAAGGCAGCUGGGGAGAAGAGGAAAAUGCAGCCCUAGGGGGUAGUCCUCUGAAGCGUGGCCAACCAUUUCAAAUAAUUAUUUUGGUGACAGCCACUGGUUUCAAGGUGUCUGUCAAUGAAAUGCAUUUCUGCAACUUCCAAUUUAGAAUGCCUCUCUCUAAAGUUUGUCGUCUGGAGGUUCAUGGGGAUAUCAUACUAUCUACCAUUAAACACACAAGACUGGAAGUGUACCCUGACCGCUCCCUCAGUGCAUUACCUGAACAUACAUUUACCACAAUACCAACCGAUCAUGCAGUACCAUGGAAUUCAGAAAUAAUGGAAAAGGAAAAUUUAUUUAUUGGUCGCUUUAAACCUAAUCUCUCCUCUGGUAUGGAAAUCACAAUACGGGGGAAAAUGAAAUUACUCCCUCAAUCGUUUUAUAUCAACCUACAACAAGGAUGCCAAUUAUGGCCUCAUCCUAAUGUGCAUUUCCAUCUUAAUCCAAGAUUUGUUUCUGAGGACUCAGAACAUGUUGUUAUAGUCAACGGAUGGAUGCGAGGUUCAUGGGGCAGUGAGCAAAGAUAUACCAGAUGUCGGUUUAGGCCUGGUGAAGAGUUUACCAUUGUUAUUUAUGUUGAGGAGCAGAGAUAUCGUGUUAUGGUAAAUGGUCUCCAGCAGGCAGCCAUGUUCCACAGGGCUCCUGCAUCUCUAGUUGAUACAUUGGUAGUAAGAGGAGAUGUCUAUAUAUAUAAUGUAGGCAUAUCUAAAUCUAGCCCUGCCGUUAAGCUAUUACCAUCUCCAGGCAGUCCCCCAGAGAGCUUAAGUGGAAGUUUUGUCCUCAUUCCGGAAAAAGAAGUGGCACCGCCAGUCCUCAGUCCCAGUAGCAUAUCGUCAGAGUCAGCAUUUGACAGCCAGUUGUCAGGUCCAUCAGAUUAUGACAGUAAAAUCUCCUCAAACAUUAGUUCAUCAACAGUGCUAUGUGAUGAGCAUGAAAAAAUAGUAAAAACUCCUACUGAAAGUGUGACUUCGUGCAAAGAAGAGUUAUGUUCAGCUAGUAACAAAACAGAAAGCACUAGUGAAAAAAAUAGUGACAGCUCUACAGAGAUUCUUGAAACACGCAAAGAUGAAAAAAUAGUGACCUUUGACGAAUCACCAGCAUCAGGUAGUAGCUCAUCAGAUGCUUCAAAAAUUGUGGUAAGGUCAAAGAAAAGCAAAGGGAAAAAAACCUAAAAUUUUAUGAAACAAAGUUUCGUUUUGUUUCAGACACAACUAAUCCACUUCCAAAAGCAGCUUUGUCAUUCUUAGUAAUGGCCGUUUUGUAUGGUGGGUAUGUGUUAAGAAAAUAAAUUACAAUUUGCAUAAAUUUGACUUCAUAGAGCCUAAAGAGGUCAGAGGGAAAA